GGCUGUUUCCUAAUUGUAUUAGGCGGUAAACUAUAGGAUGUUUCCGAAGAAAAUUUAAAGCACGUCCAGCAUUGUUUCUGGGUUGGCAACGCCUCAUGCUUAUUGACAAAUCACAGACUACAACAAACCAACCGCCCAAUUAAGCUAUUACUACUGAUCUUGUUCAUUCAACACAAUUCAAUCAUCGAACCCAAGAAUAACCUUCAAAAUCAGUAUUGGGAAAUUCGACUUAAAGACCAAAUAAGAUGUUAUGGAUGUCACACCAAAACGAUCGUUUAUACCUGAAACCAAAAGGAGGGGGCACGGUGGGUCAGAAUCAACACAAGUGCAAUAUCAACCCUGGAUUUAAUGUUACUUACAAAUUCAACUUCUGGGUGAUGGUGCCGUUCCUGGAACCUUACAAGUUUGGUCGCGAAAAAGUUAUCCCGGCAGUAGAACGCGCUUUGUUAGAUGCUGUAGAAGCUUCGUACCGAACCUAUGGCCUCGAAGCCGGGACCAUUUUAAAUUCUUCUUUCCACGUCAAAUACGAGAAUACAGAAUGUGACGCUGACGUAGCACCGAACGUUGCGUCAGACAUUCAUGACGUCAGUCUCGUCGAAGAAAACUGUACCGAUGUUGGCCAGCAGUCACGUGACAUUGACGUCUUGGUUGGCAUGUCAUGUGAUUACACGUCAGGAAGAGUUGCAACGUUGGCGAAUCAUUGGAAUUGGCCGGUUGUGUAUCCUGGCACUAGAACCAGCACUUUAAACAACAAAGAUCAGAAGUGUUGCGAAACGUUAACAAGAACUGGAAUCACUGCGACUGACGCUGGCAAAUUUGUCGUUAAACUUUUCCAGCAUUUUGAUUGGAAUACUUCGGUCGUUGUGUAUAGCAAUUAUAACAGCCAUGGCGCCCAUCUUAACUACGACUUAAGCACUGACUGUGGAACAAUGUUGAAAGGCGUAACCGACGAGUUCAUUUACAAUGAUUGGACAAAAUACACAAAUUACAACAUUCUGUCAAGAACAACCGAUUCUGGUAUCGAGGAUGAUGUGACGUCGAUACUACAAGAAGUUAGUGACAGCGCAAGAGUUUCCAUUUGGUGUGUUGGGCGUCAAACCAUGAGACGGGUGAUGCAAGCCGCUCAAAAGAUGGGAAUGACAGACGGCGAAUUCAGCUUCAUAUAUCUUGACUUCUACAACACAAAUACUUCGUAUAAUUGGUCAAGCAACGAUGACCAUAUGGAAGCAAGCACUGCGAAUCCCAGUGUAAACGAGACAAUCAACGAUCAAGAGACAUUGGAAGCGCUUCGAGCGUUACAGGUCGUCACUUUACGCACCCCUACCAACACACAGUAUCAGCGCUUCUCUGACGACAUCAAGCGGACGUUGGAAUUGGUGGAUACGCCAGAGUAUGGUCAAUAUGUGAAUCCCUUCAUAGCACAUUACUAUGAUUCAGUUCUGCUUGUGAUCAAUGCAAUAUUACAAAGCAUCUGUUCCGGCCAAUACAACUUUGAUAAUGGCCGUGAAUUUUCGCGUCGUUUAUGGAAUAUGAAGAUUGAGAGUCUUGGUAGGAAUGUAACAUUUGCAGCAAACGGAGAUCGUAUAUUGGACUACUCGCUAAUGGAUAUGGAUCCUGCCACCGGAAUAUUCAAGGUGGCGUUAAACUAUUAUGCAAACACUGAAAGAUUUGAAGAAGUUUCUGCAGUAGAUUGGCCUGGAGAAGUUGUACCACUCAACGUUCCUUACUGCGGAUACCAAAACGAAAACUGUUUAGCGAUUAUAAAACCUGAUAACACCAUUUACUACAUAAUCGGCGCAUGCGCUGGAGCAAUUCUUAUUUCAUGUGCAGUGACCACAUUUCUUUUCCGAAAAAUGCGACGUGAGAAACGCCUACGGAUGAUGGUAUGGAAAAUCAAAUGGGAAGAAAUCGAGUGGUCGACAAGGAGGCGUAAUUCGUCGGGAGGUUCGCGGGAUUCAUCUCAAUCUAUCACGAGUAGCAACGGGCACCCUGCAGUUCAUUUCAAACAACUCUUCACGAAGACAGGGGUGUACAAGGGGAAUAUUGUUUCAGUAAAAGAACUGGGCGAAAGAAGAGUCAGCCUCGCGAGGUCUGAUCUAAUGGAAUUGGAAUCGCUAUACGCAAUGGAUCAUGAGCAUAUAUGUAAGUUCAUUGGAGCAAACGAGGAACCUCCACACGUUACCAUUCUAUCAGAGUAUUGUUCCAGAGGUUCUCUUCAAGAUCUAUUGGAAGAUGCGACUGAGUAUGAGAUGGACGACGUGUUUAAAUAUUCGUUGAUUUGUGACAUAGUAAAAGGGAUGACGUAUCUACAUCGAAGUUUCUUCCAAUGUCAUGGCAACCUGAAAUCUUCAAACUGUUUGAUUGACAGCAGAUUUGUUGUGAAACUUACUGAUUUCGGAUUAUCGAAAUUUCGUGACGGUUCGAGGACAGAUAGCAAGACAGGGUUCAAGUAUUAUGAAAACAAACUGUGGACUGCUCCAGAGCUUUUGAGGUUACAGACUUCACAUGGAACACAGAAGGGUGACGUUUACAGUUUCGCAAUCAUCGUACAAGAGAUCAUGUACAGAAAAGGUGUAUUUUACACUAAAGAAGAAGUAACAGCACAAAAUAUUCUGCAUUACGUGACGUCACCAAAAUCUGGGGAAGCCCCGUUUCGCCCAAUGUUAGAUGAUGAUGACGACACAAUAAUAAACCCAGCCCUAAAGAAGUUGGUGAGAAAAUGUUGGACGGAGUUCCAAAACGAACGACCGACUUUUCAGGAAAUCCACCGAGAAAUGAGAAAGUUUUAUAAGGAAAGGAACUUAGUUGACAGCUUGCUUGAACGCUUGGAACAAUAUUCUCAACACCUUGAGGACAAAGUUGAAGAAAGAACGGAACAAUUCAAAGCAGAAAAGGAGAGAGCAGAUUCCCUGUUGUAUCUAAUGCUCCCAAGGCCAGUGGCUGACAGACUCAAGAAAGGAUUCAAUGUUCUACCAACAAGUUUCCGAGAAGUGACAAUUUUCUUCAGUGACAUCGUUGGCUUCACUGCCAUCAGCCAUAAUAGUGAACCAAUGCAAGUCGUAACGAUGUUGAACGACUUAUACACCAUGUUUGAUACAAUAAUCGACAUAUUCGAUGUAUAUAAGGUUGAGACAAUAGGCGAUGCAUACAUGGUAGUAUCCGGGUUACCACAGGAAAAUGGAGACAACCAUGUCCGAGAAAUAGCAAGGAUGUCACUCAAUCUGAUCAAAUGUGUGACCAACGAUUUCAAAAUCCGACAUAUGCCAGAUAAGAAGCUUCAACUUCGUGUGGGGAUGCACACCGGCCCUGUGGUUGCUGGGGUGGUUGGCCUCAAGAUGCCAAGGUAUUGUUUGUUUGGUGACACUGUCAACACAGCAUCGAGGAUGGAAUCGAACGGAAAACCGCUUGCCAUACACGUUUCUCCCAAGUCGAAAGAGGUUUUGGAUCGGUUUGGAACAUUCCAGCUUGCAGAAAGGGACGAUGAAGUGUUUUUAAAGGGCUUGGGAACCUGGAAAACCUGGUGGUUAGUGGGGGAAGAUUGCGACGAUGAAGAAGUUGAAGCAGCGAACAUAUCUGCCCAGCAAAUGGCGUCUUAUAGAGUACAACAGAUGGGGAAGGUGUCAAACACUUCAUCGAGGAUUAGUGGAUCGUCUGGUUACAACACAUCUACGGAGUUUGAGGUGGAAGAUUACAUUGAUGAUGGUCGGAGAAGAUCUUCAAAUCUAAAUGGGCCUAAAAUAAGAAAUGUUUCAACUGUUUCUGCUGAUGGUAUUCUUCAGCAUAACAGAAGACAUAGAUAUUCCGAUUACUCGAUUCAAAACUUUAAACACAGAGACUCGGUCAAGGGUAGAAGAACCGGGUUAACUGUCGUGCCAGAAGUUGCUGUAACAGAACACGGCAAAUCUCCAAGAGAAAUCCGAAAAGAACGGAUGAGGCAACGAUUGAGAAGUCUUGAAAACAAUGCGGCGAAAGAUGAAACUAUUGAUGUCGAAUUUGUUUCACGAAAAGUUCAGUUUGAAGACAACAAGUUGAACGUUCCAAGACUUCCUAAAGACAGUGGUAUUGAGAUGUAUGAAAAUGUUGCAUUCGUACAUCUUCGGGACAAUACGACUGAAGAAUCCGACAGAUUGUAACUUAAUGGUACAAGUAGUUUUGUGUUGUUUUCCUGAAAAGUCGUUAUCGGUGCAAUUUGUACAUAGUUGUCAACCAAGGGUAAAUGUUUUGAAGGUUGCAGAAAGUUCUUUUUCACUCACUGUUGGUUUUAUCGUUAAUAAACUACAAGAGCUAUUAA